AUGUCAACCCAGAUUAACGGAACCCGCGAAACCAACGACCACCUCACAAAACGACAAAAAAGAAAGAAAAGGCACCCCAAAUGGAGGAGGUCGUCGCCGUCGUCGUCGUCGUCGUCGCCGUCCUCGCUGCUCCUCUCCGCGUCGAAUGUCAUUAACCCUACGCAUACGGCUAGGGUUUCCUCCCCCUCCUCCUCGCCCUCCGUGACGAUGCCGUCGUGGUGGAAGCGCUCCAAGUCCGCCUUCCACCGCUCCGUCGUCGCCCCAUCCUCUACCCCGGCGUCCCCCGCGCGGGCGUCCACCUCGCGCGCCCAGCCCGGACGCGGGGGCCGAGUAGAGUAUCGGGACCUCCUCGCGCCGCCGCGGCUCACGCGGCAGCGGAAGCUGCGCCACGUCGACGACAUCGAUGUCGGGCUCGGCGACCUCGGCCUCGACGUCGCGUCGUCCUCGCCCCCGCCGCACAAGGGCCGCGUCUCCGCGUCCGAGGCUGUGGGGCCCCCGAGGUCCACCCCGAUCUCGAGGUCCGCGAGCUCCAGGGAGGCCGUAGCCCCGCCGCCGAGGUCGGCGUCGUCGCCCGUGCUGCACCCGCUGCCGCUGCCGUCGCCCAGACCGGCGGACUUGGAGACGCAGGAGCCGCCCGGGGUCGCCGACGGGUGGGGCGAGAAAACGACGCCGGCACCGUCCUUGCACGCUCCGAGGGUGACAAGCCAGAUCGUGCAAAAGUUUCCUGAACAUAAUGAAUUGUACCCAAAUGGAACAAAGCGGGCUACCUCUGGUCACCACAGGAAUGCAUUUCGUGAAAAGUUUCAGGAUAAGAGUUCAGCUGAAACAAUGAACUUUCGGUUGAACAUUCCUGCUAAAAGUGCUCCAAGCAGUGCCUUUUCAAGUCCUCAAUGCAGUCCUCGAAGAUUGAGCAAUGCUGAUUUCUCAUCUACCGUGCCAUCUACUCAAGGUCCCCACGCAUGGUCGGCUCCAUCUAUCCGCUCUAUGGAUUUUAUGGGAGCUUCAUCCCCUCGAACUUCACCUGAAAAAUAUAUAGGGGGUCCAGAGCGAUCUCCUUGCUAUAGUGCAUUGAGAAGUCCUAUUCUUAUGCCAAGAAAUACCAGUGCCCCUCCAUCACCUAUGCACUCUAAAUUAUUCCCAGAAAACCAUAUUUCACGCACUGAAGGGAAUGGGAGUAUCAAUUUUCACCCAUUGCCACUCCCUCCUGGUGCUCUAAGCCCAAUGCAAACAACAUUUAGUAACCAGCCUGCUCCAAAAGUUGAAAUGCCCUCAGUGGCAGGUCAGUGGCAAAAAGGAAAACUUCUUGGUAGUGGUACAUUUGGUUGUGUAUACGAAGCUACCAAUAGGCACACUGGAGCUCUGUGUGCAAUGAAAGAGGUCAACAUAAUUCCCGAUGAUGCUAAAUCUGCUGAGUCCUUGAAGCAAUUAGAGCAGGAAAUAAAGUUCCUAAGCCAAUUCAAGCAUAAAAACAUAGUGCAGUAUUAUGGCAGUGACAUUAUUGAAGAUCGCUUCUACAUUUACCUGGAAUACAUCCAUCCAGGUUCAAUUAAUAAGUAUGUUAAACAGCAUUACGGAGCAAUGACAGAAUCAGUUGUCCGCAACUUCACACGUCAUAUUCUUAGGGGUCUAGCAUUUUUGCAUGGCCAAAAGAUUAUGCAUAGGGAUAUCAAAGGAGCAAACCUGCUUGUUGAUGUUCAUGGUGUAGUCAAAUUGGCUGAUUUUGGAAUGGCCAAGCAUUUAGGUACUGCAGCCCCUAAUCUUUCAUUGAAGGGAACACCAUACUGGAUGGCUCCAGAGAUGGUUCAGGCUACACUGAUGAAAGAUGUAGGCUAUGAUCUUGCUGUUGAUAUAUGGAGUCUUGGUUGCACCAUCAUAGAGAUGUUUGAUGGAAAGCCUCCUUGGAGUGAUCUUGAAGGGCCAGCUGCAAUGUUUAAGGUUUUACAUAAAGACCCACCAAUCCCUGAAAAUUUAUCCCAUGAGGGCAAAGAUUUUCUGCGAUGCUGUUUCAAGAGGAAUCCAGGAGAGAGGCCAACAGCAAAUGAGUUGUUGGACCAUCCAUUUAUCCGCAAUUCAAAUCAUUACAACAAACAUGGUUCGAUACAUUCAUUUGCAGGAAUUAAAGUCAAUGAAAAUGGACACAGUUCAAGAGACAAACCUUCCUCAAAGAGUGAUCCAUGCUCGAAAGGAAGAAAUACCACUGGUGAACCAAGCAAUUCUAGGCCUUCUGAAGCAUCAACUCUUCUAUUGACCCCACUAACAAUCCAGGCAGUUACUCCUAAUUUUUCCCCUCGGCCUUUAGGUUUAGCCCCCAAUUAUGGUUCAACAGCAAAUUUUGGAAACACCAUAUAUUUUCCAUCGGCAAACCCUCAGCCUAGUCCAUUGCCAAGGCCUAACGGCAAGGAGGUUCUGUUCUAAACAUUUGCAGUGCUGCAUGCCAUGUCAAGUGCCAUUUCUAUCAGUCGCGGCUUGCAUUGCAGGAUAUUGUGCAGCUUGGACAUCGUGCUUUAUAUGGAUCAGCUCCGCGCCUGUGCAUAAUGUGGUUGUCAAGGACACUGUAACCCGGAAGAGCUGGGAUAAGUCAUGUGAUGGAAGGCAUCCAAGUUUGUAACUACGGUGUUCACCUGCAGGAUGCAACCCUCAUCUUAACUUCUAACCAUUUUGAGCCAUGGUAAAACUAUGUGAAUCUGCAAACUUACCGGGUUCUUAUAAAAGAGCAGCAACAAGAAGGCUAUCAUCCUGUCAAGACUCGCAGUUUGGUGGCAACUGAAUUCUGCUGAAUUGAGCUGGAUCCAUGAAAGCAUAUAUCUACAUUGUCCCCAGAAAUUGUUGAUGUUUUUUUUUUGUGCGUAACGUAGAAUUAGGACAAGCUGUAGAUAAAACUGAAAGUUCCCAUCUUUUUCAACCAAUAGGAAUUAGUUGUAGUUC